CAGUGCCAGACUCUGGACUUGAGGGUUCUAGGCUGUGGUCUGUAGAAGCAAAGGAGAGAAGGACUCAAAUCCAGGCCAACUGUAUGGCUGUCUGAGGUGUUGGAACAGAAGGAGGUCCAUUCCCGUUGGUGACAACACUGUGGCCCGGUUCUGGGAUGACCGAGGUAUAAAGGUUUCCCCCAAGAAAGAGCAGCUGAGUCCUUGCAUCUUGUGGCAACUGGUGUGCCCAGCACCCAGUCCAUCGGAGCUGAAGGCAGCCCGGCCCCUUCUCAUGGGCAGCGCCCACCUGUGCUGAGGUCCUGCGGGAGUGGCGGUGAGAGGAGCUGCGCCAUCAGUGGUAACUGAAAAUGUCUGACAGUCUGGAUAAUGAAGAGAAACCCCCAGCUCCCCCGCUGAGAAUGAAUAGUAACAACCGAGAUUCCUCGGCACUCAACCACAGCUCCAAACCACUUCCCAUGGCCCCCGAAGAGAAGAAUAAGAAAGCCAGGCUUCGCUCUAUCUUCCCAGGAGGAGGGGAUAAAACCAAUAAGAAGAAAGAGAAAGAACGCCCAGAGAUCUCUCUUCCUUCAGACUUUGAACAUACGAUUCAUGUGGGGUUUGACGCAGUCACCGGGGAGUUCACUCCAGAUCUCUAUGGCUCACAGAUGUGCCCAGGGAAGCUCCCAGAGGGAAUUCCUGAGCAGUGGGCACGGUUACUCCAAACCUCCAACAUAACAAAGCUGGAACAGAAGAAGAAUCCACAAGCCGUCCUAGACGUUCUCAAAUUCUACGAUUCCAAAGAAACCGUCAACAACCAGAAAUAUAUGAGCUUUACAUCCGGAGAUAAAAGUGCACACGGAUACAUAGCAGCCCAUCCUUCGAGUACAAAAACAGCGUCAGAGCCUCCUUUGGCUCCUCCUGUGUCCGAAGAAGAAGACGAAGAAGAGGAAGAAGAAGAAGACGACAAUGAGCCCCCGCCGGUUAUUGCGCCAAGACCAGAGCAUACGAAAUCAAUCUACACUCGUUCUGUGCUUGAAUCCAUUGCUUCACCAGCAGCACCAAAUAAAGAGGUCGCACCACCUUCUGCGGAGAAUGCCAAUUCCAGUACUUUGUAUAGAAACACAGAUCGGCAAAGGAAAAAAUCCAAGAUGACAGAUGAGGAGAUCCUAGAGAAGCUAAGAAGCAUUGUGAGUGUUGGUGACCCAAAGAAAAAAUACACAAGAUUUGAAAAAAUAGGUCAAGGGGCAUCAGGUACUGUUUAUACAGCGCUAGACAUUGCAACAGGACAAGAGGUGGCCAUAAAGCAGAUGAACCUUCAACAGCAGCCCAAAAAGGAAUUAAUUAUUAAUGAAAUUCUGGUCAUGAGGGAAAAUAAGAACCCCAAUAUUGUUAAUUAUUUAGAUAGCUACUUAGUGGGUGAUGAACUAUGGGUGGUCAUGGAAUACUUGGCUGGCGGCUCUUUGACUGAUGUGGUCACCGAGACCUGUAUGGAUGAAGGCCAGAUAGCAGCUGUGUGCAGAGAGUGCCUCCAAGCUUUGGAUUUCUUGCACUCAAACCAAGUGAUCCAUAGAGACAUAAAGAGUGACAAUAUCCUUCUUGGGAUGGAUGGCUCUGUUAAAUUGACUGAUUUUGGGUUCUGCGCCCAGAUCACCCCUGAGCAAAGUAAACGAAGUACUAUGGUGGGAACUCCCUAUUGGAUGGCACCUGAGGUGGUGACUCGAAAAGCUUACGGUCCGAAAGUUGAUAUCUGGUCUCUGGGGAUUAUGGCAAUCGAAAUGGUGGAAGGUGAACCCCCUUACCUUAAUGAAAAUCCACUCAGGGCAUUAUACCUGAUAGCCACUAAUGGGACUCCAGAGCUCCAGAAUCCUGAGAGACUGUCGGCUGUGUUCCGUGACUUUUUAAACCGCUGUCUUGAGAUGGAUGUGGACAGGAGGGGAUCUGCCAAGGAGCUUUUGCAGCAUCCAUUUUUAAAAUUAGCCAAGCCUCUCUCCAGCCUGACUCCUCUGAUUAUCGCUGCGAAGGAAGCAAUUAAGAACAGCAGCCGCUAGGACUGCAAGCCUUACCCCACACCAUCUCCCUCCUGAGUAAGACUGAACUGUGAAACUCUGCGGCAGGAAAGAGGGAAGCAAAGACAGUCAAAUGGGGUGGGGGUGGGGGUUCUUUAACUUUCCAAUGACUAGAAACUUCUUAUAAGCCUUUUUCCUACUCCCUCAGAUUAUGUAAUUUAUUUGUAAGCCUGAAUCGCAGCCCGAACCGGGCAGCAAUGUCGAAGCGGCCGUGAAGUGGCCACUUCUUCCGUGAAGCGAAAGAGCCAGUAGUGAAUCCCCUCGUUUUGUGCAUUCGCUUUGAAGAAAACAAGGUUUCUCAAAGAUGCACACUCCCUCUUCAUAGUGUCGUGUUCGUUUUUAAGUUAGAGAGUAGUCCCUCUUGCAUUCGAACCUCCUUCAAAACUCCUUACCCAAAUGUGACGUUCUUCACUUGCACUGUCAUGAGGUGUCCAGAGGAAAAAAAAAAAAAAAAAAAGAUGUCAAAACUUUUUUUU